GACAGUUAUAGGUUAGGAAAUUCUAAAGAAAAACAAUGAAAGACUAUACAUUGUACAGAUUAUAUUCCAUUACUUUCAGUUCUUAUCAUGUAUUGAUGUAUAGACAAGAGGUCUGACAAAGACAAUAAUAUUAAAGAUCGUUAUAGUGAGCUAGUUAUGUAUAAUAACUGUUUGCUUUUAAAGUUCAAAGUUCUGCAAACUGUUCCACAUUUCCUUUCAAGAUUAGCAUAGAUUUUAGAUAAAAUAAAUGUGCAUUGCUGCAGUGAUCACAUAAUAUCGUGCAUUCAUAAAAAGAUAUUAUAUCACAAAAGUAUGCCAAUUUAAAAAUGCAUGUAGAGCUUGUAAUCAAACUGUUCAAGACGGAGAAAAGCAUUAGGCCUACUGCUGUUUUAUGAUGUUGGGUUAGUGCUUGAAAUUUUUUAAAUAAAAAUUGUUCUUGUAUAGAGAAAUAUGAAUAAUAAUAAUAAUUGAUGAAUCGCCUGCGGGACCUUCCUUCUAACCAGUAAUCCAAAAGAAAAACCAACGGUACUAUGAGAAAAAUUGUCAGUUUUGUUGGGUAAUCACCAAUACUCUCAAUAAGAUGGGUAAUAAUGCAGACUAUAUUGCACUCUCUGAUGAAUCAUUUGAUAAAAUCGUCAUCAAAAGAAAAGAAUCCGAUAUUAAAGGUUUUUUAAACUAUUUGGAAUUUAAGGACAAUGCUUUAAAGGAACUAAAUCAUCUCCAUACACAGAUAUGCAGUUGCAAGCAUAUCACUCGCCUUCUACCAGGAUUUACUCACCCUACUAUGAGUGCACUCGAAAAAAUCUCAAAGAAAACCCGGGACUUAGUCAGGACGUUAUUAAGCAACUGAUAUGUGAGUCUCCUCCAUUCGAUGCCACAAACCAACAACUCUCGGCCAUUUCAAAGAAUGUUGUCAGCAAUCUUCUUCACGAACUUCUCAAGCCAACAGAAGAGAGGUCCAGUGGUGACUCUUCCAGUGAGAUAACUCUUCUAUCACUGAUAUCACUUGCCGACGACAAGGAAUGCCUGACAUUCCUCGAGAGCCAAUGCAACUUGCUAUGCAAAUUGUGCAGCAGAGGUCGUCUGUCUCUGUGCAGGGUCCUUGUUGCUGCCGCCAGCCAAUCCGACCUCCAUCUCUACGAACGGCUCGUGGAAGCUGGUGACAGCCGUCACUAUCGUACAGUCAACUGUCUCAAGAGGCUAGAUUCGAUAACGAUAUCGAAGAUCUACUCUGAAAUUCUCAAGGAAGGAAAUAGAUUGAAUGUGAGCGAACUGUACUUGAGGACGGUGAAAAACAAAGUUCACUGGAUUGAAGACUUGAUGGGCCUAUGCAGUCAGUUGCUGUUAUACUCUGAACAGUGGUCGGCAGUUGAUAAAUUGAUUGACCAUCCCCUUUUCGAUAAAUUGAAGCCAAUCCUAGUUUUUGAGCUCUGGAAUACCGCCAUUCAACGCAGUAAACUGUCCCUCAUUUGUUUGGUACUGGAUUGUUGUAAAGGCGACGAUCCAGUAUUGAAUAGACUGUACGAGACACUGGAAUGGCUCAGUUUCAUAGUGGAAUGGGUGGAGAAAGAAAGCGAGUCUCACAUUGCCGAUGUGAAUGCUCUACUGUUACCGGCCAAGAGGUGCACUGUGCUCCAUAUGCUGAAAACCAUGUGCGAUAUCACAAAACUGGAUUCAGAUCAAGUGAAGCAGUUUCUGACGAAAGCGCAUCAAAAACAGAACCGCAAUGAAAAUAUUGAAACAGAGUCGGCUAUUUUCGAUGGAUUCUGUAUUUUAACAAGCAUUCUGGAGUUGGUUGUGAUCGAGUCGAAGCUUAGCAAUAAGAGAGACAAGAUCCCAGCUCCGAAAAAUACUUCCAAAGUUCCAAAUGUAGACGACAGUCUCUCAGAGCUGGAAAAGAAAAUUGGUGGUUUGAAUCCACUGUAUUUUAGGUUAGAAAUUCUGGAAAACAUUUUCUCGCUGCUAUUCCUGCGUUCUGAAGACUUCCGAGAAGAUCCCAUAUCCGACAGUGGUGCCGAGGAUGACGAUAGAGUGAUACGGGACUCGUCAUUGAAUAUGUUUUCUCCAGAACGUCAAAAUACUUUUGAAACCUCGUUUAAAGAGACGAAACUGGCUGUGAAUAUGGGAAUGACAUCGCAGUCUCUACCACCCAUCGGUGAGGUGCACUCUCCUCAAAUAUCGAGAUCUGACUUGCCGCUCUAUGCGUCCCCACCAGUGCGCAGAACUCUAUCGACUUCGAAUCUGGCCAGUGAGAGUAAGACAAAAGAAGAAAGAAAGAAAAAGACAAACAUCUUGGAAAGAGGCGAAGGGUUCCUUUGCAAUGGAACAUUGGUGAAGAAACUUAUAUUGUUGGUGAAGAAUUGUGUUGAUAAUUUCGAUUGCACAUCCGAUGGUUACCAUGAGAUUCAAGAAUCAUUUCAAAGGCUGAACCGGGCAGUUGAGGACGGUUUGUGGAGGUUGGAGAUGCUGUCUCUGGACACGGAGCACACCCAUCGCGCCGAGACGCCGGCGCCGCCCUGCCAGACCGAGUGGACAAACAUCUUGGAAAGAGGCGAAGGGUUCCUUUGCAAUGGAACAUUGGUGAAGAAACUUAUAUUGUUGGUGAAGAAUUGUGUUGAUAAUUUCGAUUGCACAUCCGAUGGUUACCAUGAGAUUCAAGAAUCAUUUCAAAGGCUGAACCGGGCAGUUGAGGACGGUUUGUGGAGGUUGGAGAUGCUGUCUCUGGACACGGAGCACACCCAUCGCGCCGAGACGCCGGCGCCGCCCUGCCAGACCGAGUGGGUCUACAACGCUAGCGAGGGCUCCGACAGUGACCCGGAAACGUCGCAGAGCAUCCCCUUUCAGCGGCAAACAUCCGUCCGCCGAUCCAAAAGAACCGCCACUGAAAGCACCGACAAGUCUAGCGAAUCGGGAUCCAACACAGGUGGUAGCUCGAACCUGAACCCAAAAAUUCGAAAAAUCAGGAAAAGGAAAAAUAGCCGUAAAUCAUCGGUGCCAGUUUCUUGUACUCUGAUAAAUCUCAUGCUGUCAUCUGAAAAGAGUCUAGUAACAUAUUUUCUAGCUCGUAAAGAUGUUGCAAAAGCAGUAGAUGUCAUCCAGAGGUUCAAAUUGGAAGAUAGUUCAAUUGCUAUUGAAGUGAAGUUCAUCAAUAGUUUUGCGGACUUGAAAGGAAAGCUUGCAACCGUAAAACGCUCAUUUCCGAAUGAGACAUCUCUUCAAAAAGAUUCAACAUUGAAGACAAUCAAUGAAGCCGCAUCCUCUGGAUUAUUCGUUGCGUCUUUGACCAGUGAACUCGAAAGAUUUUGGUCCACGACUAUGCUUCCUGAAGUUGGCUGUAAAGAUUAUUGUCGCGGACUUGUCGUACUUGAUCUAGCCCUAACACUGGAUGCGUCUUUGGGUCACUCUGAAACUCUCCUGAGUAUCGCCAGCAAAUACAUCUCAAUGAAUACUCAAAAAGGUGGAAAUGUAGGAGCCAGUCUUGAAAAGUUCAUAACUGGCCUCACUCAUAAUUUACGAGAAUCGAAAGUUGAUUUGGCACUUCCCAGUGUUUUCUGCUCGCCGGAAAUCGAAGAAUUGGUGAAAAGCAAUAAAAAAUCACUGCAACGAAAUAUGUGGGCUUCUCUCGAAGAGGAAAUCAAUCAGUUCACUUUGUCAUUGGAAAACUCACAGUCAAGCUCAGCCAUCACUCAUUUCUCUCAGUUGGCCAAUUUCCUUACAAGAGUCAAGGGAAAAGGGUCAAAUGAAGUAAAGUGUGCCAACUAUCUUCACCAAAUGUGUGCCUACGUUACCCAUCUCACUAGAAUAACAGCUCCUUAUUUAUUUCUAGAUACGCCUUUCUCACUUCUCAGCAAGGGUUGGGUCGAAAUAGUGCAAAAACUUCUAUUCGAAUCAAAUGUAGACCCUGAGGAUCUAGAACUUAUGAUGAUACCGCUCAAUGUAGAUCUUUUAGGAUAUCUUGUUCAAAUUUGUAUGCCAAAAUUGCCUGUCAUACCACUCAAACAGCAACCUGGAAUAAUAAUUUUAAAUGAAACCAAGCCAACGAAAAAGCUAUCAUUGAAGAACGAUGGAUGUGCUCUUGUCAGCCGUCUGCUGUUGAGAUUGAUAUGCGCCAUGCAGAGCGAUGGAACAAACUUUGACCGCGAGAAGGCCGCCCAGCUGUGUGAGAAGGAGGCCAUCCAAGAGGUGCUGCAUGAGACAUUCCUGCUCUCCACGGUCGAUGUGUCCGCCGUUAUGAUGGCAAACGACAGCCUCGCAUUCCUCAUCAACCUUGCUAAUCUCAUGUGGACUCACGCGCUAUUAGUACUCGAGACUAAAGGUAAAGGCUGUGGUCUGCUAUCGAAAAGCAACACUCUGAGGGAUGUGAGUAGCAGUAUGGUGGGCUACAACAUCGGUGGCAUUGGUUUCAUUUCGCUGGGUCAGCUGCAUUCGGCUCUCAUCCACCCUUGCCUGCCGCCCACCUGUCUCGCAUCCAUGUCUUCGCUGUUGCCAAUCACACCCAACUCUGAUCCUCGCACGCUGUUCGCCAUUGCCAACGCAUAUCAACUCACACCAAGGCUACAGGUGUUUUAUUCCGCCAGCAUUGAAAGACAACUGGAACUGUGUGUCGCAGAUUAUGUAAAAGCAAACGUCGAGUUGGAAGACAAGCAAUUGGUAGUUCCAAUUGUGAUGCAGCUCUAUCUUGAAAACGCCAUUCUCACGCAAAAGCCUGAAAGUGAAGACAAUCUUGAAACAUUAUCAAAUAUUAGUCGUGAACAGAUGUCUUUCCUCUACGACUUUCUUAGAGAAAACUCAGUUUUCAGCGCUGUCGAUUUCAGUGGAGUAGAUGUUCAAAUUAACGAGGAUAUAGAAUUCCACAUUAGUAUUGACUACACUCGACAUGUUUCUGGAAAAACUAUUUUAAUGGAAGCUUCAAGUACAGCCAUUGACAACAGCUGGAUGACUUUUGAUAUAGAAAACACAAUACUGAAGUACAUAACUUCCCGCUCACCUCUGCUUGGAAUGCUGGUGCAGAAAUUCCAUUUGAUUGAUGAAACCGAAGACUUGUCAGAGAACUGUCAGAAGCAAUCCUACUUCGAAAACGAACUGACCAGUGACCGCAUUGAAUCUGUGGCUUGUGUUUUCGACAAUAAUCCGAUUAUGACUGUUUUGCUGACGUACCCAGAUUCGAACGAGUUGUGGAUGUGGCUGGACACAACGCUACAAAACAGCGACUGGGAGAAAUGCAUCCAGUUGCUGCAACUUUUGCCGGAGAAGUUGUUUCUGGUCGAGCCCAAACUUUCCAAGUUGAAGGACUAUUUGUUUUUGAAAAUGGCGCCGACUAAAGAUGGCUGGCACUGGUGUCAGAGUAUCAAUGACAUUGAGCUGAUGGCGCACGGGGUGAUCAGCAACGUGCAGCAGUGGACGAAUGCGGCCGGCUGCAAGGCUGCCCUGCAGACGUUGGUCAGCAAACCGGGCCUCAGUCACGAACAGCUGCAGCUCGGCAGGAAAAUGCUCAAUGAUGUCACAAUCUGCCACAAGGUUCUGGAUGCAUUGGGCGGAGAUGAUUGGCUCAACAUCUACAGAUCCGACUGCUGGAGUGUUCUACAAAAAUUGCUUUCCAAGAAGUCGAUAGAUUUGACGUUAGAAUGGAUUACUAUGCAUAACAUGCCAUCGACAGAGGACGAACUUUAUGUUAGUGAUGAGUUACUAGGAAAUCUCAUUCUGGCCCUCCUUGAAAACUCUCAGACGGCUGCAGCUUCAGAUAUAUUGAAUCGGUUGGGCUCGAAUGAAAUGGUCGUAAGAAUAUGCGACUAUGCAAUGGAGAAAUCAAAUUCGUUGACCACGUACCGGGCAAUUGUUACCCACGUUAUGCAAUUCACUGAUCUUCCCCUUGAAACCAAAAAUAAGUACACAAUGUUUGAUAUUGGCAUUGAUAUGCUAAAGUCAUUACCAGCUAGAGAUCAAAAACGCUACAACAUGCUGAUCAGCCAGCCGAUGCUGCUGGUGGAGCAACUGCUGAUGUGCACACAGCUUUCCUCGCUGGAGACGGCGCUGCACUGUGUGCGAGCCAAGCUGGAGAGUGUGCCACCUACUAGCCGAGUGUCGCAGGCCUCACUCGACAUGGUGCUACGCAACUACGCGUCACGCGCCCUCGACGUCAGUGUGUGCAGAUACAACAAGCCCAGGGUCAAGGUCUACGCCACCAGGCAGGUGUCCAGGACAUCGUUCGUCAUCCCCGAAUCGCCGCCCACCAAACAGGAGUGGGUGCCUGAUGAUGAGGUGACUGAGUGUAUGUGUUGCCAACAAACCGUAUUUUCCAUGUUUAAUAGAAGACACCAUUGCCGGCGCUGCGGUAGGGUGGUGUGUGCUGGAUGCUCAAAUAAAACAAUGAAGGUCGCUGGGUAUGGAGAUGUUCCCGUUAGAACUUGUAACGUUUGCUUUGACUAUGCAAAGCCUAGAACUAUUGAGGUUGCCAUAGAUGGUGAACAUGAUAAGCAGUGGCCGCCACCUUUGGUCGAUGAGCCCGAGUGGCUGUUGACGACUGACGAGUCGCGCAACAAGUUGAUUCGAGGCGAAUUCAUCUACGAGUAUGCGCCCAGUGUGUCGCUCUGUCUGUCAAUCCUCAAACUGCACUCCUUGGACACUGUACAGCCAAGGUUUCUAAUCAGCAAAAGUGAAACUAUGCUUGCCCUACUCCGACCUCUUGAAGUGGGUGUCGUCAAUCCAGAAAUAGACUAUGCUCUUCUUGUUCAAAUGAUAAGGUCGCUGAUACUGGGCGCGAAGGUGUGCUACUCGGGACUUGGUCUGUCGGCGGGGAUGGCUCGCUGUGACCUGCUGCUGGGUGAAGUGGACAUUCUGCACCUGUUGGUCACCGCCCACUGCUGCCACCUGCUGCCUCCCUUCCCCCUGCGCAGUCAGCCCGCCAUGCGCGACCUCCGCGACACACUCAUCGAUCACGAGCUGUGGUCGCUCGCUCUCGAGGUGUCAACGAAAGCUGGCUUGGACUGCGGGAUAGUGUGGUAUGUGUGGGGGAAAACUUGCCUGAAGUGUGGCAACUGGGAGGAAGCCAGAGUCAAGUUCCUCAAUUGCAGUUUGCAGAAGAAGGAUUUACAGAAUAGUGGAAUGCUUGCUGAUAUCCUUCAAAUUCUACAGAGAGGAGACGGCUUUGUGGAUUUGAAAACCAGGUUGGCAAGAUUGAAAUCAGAGCCAGCCAGAAAGACGAGCAUCGCUAGAGACACGGGAGACGACAAACGCGUUUACAACGAGUGCCUCUACUAUCUCACCAAGUACGGCAGCCACGCUCAGAACCUGGAGUUCCUAGUCAGUCACGGCGAAAUUGCACAAGUGCUCGACUACACAUUGGAGAAGAACAUCGAUCCAAACACCUUUAUUGAAAAUGUUUAUUUACCUUGCUUGAGAACAGCUCGAGUCCAGAAUUUGCAUCAAAUAAUGCUAUCCAUCGAUCCACAGUUGACUGUAUGGAAGGCACAUUUGGCCGCCCUCUGCGUCUGGUGUGAACGACGCAAAAUGCUGAACGUAUUGUAUCAGGUGCAGCUCUGGCUCAAAGACCAUGUCAGAGCAUGCAUGACAUGUAUUCGAUUCUUCUAUUCUAACGCCCGCAAUUACAGUGACUUGAAAGAUUCUGUAUAUCAUCUGACCACAGCGGUUACUCACCUUGAGUCUGCCGCUAAACAGGAUACGUCAGCUUAUGAUCCUGGGAUAGUUAUGAGUAUGGACAAAGACGAACUGAACAGACAUGUUGCAACAGUGAAGCUACAAAUCGAAUUGACCAGUUUCAUAAAUGAAACGGAAUUAGCCAAAGAUGUUGAACCGCUGACACUUUUUGGGGAUAGCAGUGAAAAGUCAAAGCUAGCCGCAAUCGUGCUAUAUAGUGGCAAAGAUAUUCAACAGAGUUUGGCCCUGACAAAAAGGAUAACAGAAUCGUAUAACCUACAACCAAAGAAUGUUUAUUGUAUUGCUGCAAAGAAGUUGAUCAAAGCUAGAAGGAUACAUGAUCUUUUGAGACUGCAGGCGGAAUUCCAAUCGAACGUGUCCCUCCGUGAUGAGAUUUUGCUAGCCGCCUUGCAGGAAAAACCUCAACAACCAGAAACUUUGAUCAAUCAAUUAUCAAAUAUCUCAGUAAAGAUUGAUGCUUACAUUGAGUGUGAACUUCUGAAGGCUGCCUACCUAUUAGCAGCUAAGCACAAUCGCCUCACUGACAUUCGAAAAGUAUUGACCGCCGCCGAAUGCCUCAAUCAGCCUUCGAUAAAGAAGAUCUGUCUGAAGCGACUCAAUGCUGGAGAGAUAGCCUCAGAGUAAUUAUUAUCUGUGAUAAAUAUACUAUUCAUUAAUUGAAUGUAUAACAAUAACUAGUAAGUUUAAGAAAAUUCAAACUAUGUGCCAAAUUGUCUUCUGUAGAUUUUAACUACCAUAUCAACUCUAAAGAGUUCAAAUACCAUCUUCAACAAAAAUAUUCUUCUCAAGUGAUUUUAUCUACCUAGCCUUUUUUACAAGUUAUAUAUAUAUCUUAUCAAACACAUUACCCAAUAAUAAUUUUAUACAGAGAUUAAGGUUUUAUUUUUAAAUUGUACUUCUUAAUUAAAUUUAUGUGUUGAGAUUGUUAUUAUUCAGCUCUAUUCGAAAAGCAAUGUUAUUGAUAAAUUAUUUUUUAAACUAGUAAUAGUUUAUAUUUUUUCUUGCUUGUUGUGUAAAACUGCUUAUGAAGAACAGAGCACUACUAAUAAUUAUUAUAUGCAAUAAUAAUUUAUUAUUUAAAACUCAACAAGGAUUUCCUGUUUCUUGAGGCGGGUUUCAAUACCUCUUGAUUUGUUGGCUUGCUCUGCUGUAAGUUGGUUCUCAUUAUGCUACGUGCAUUUACACAGCCAGUACGUGAUUUAUAUUUCUAAAUUUCAGUACCGUAACUUUUUCAUAGAUCUACCAAUAAUAAUGAACUUUGAAUAUCUUACUUGAAUGCAAUCAAUAUUUUCUUCCCUCUAUUAGCAGUGUCAUUCAAAACAUGCUUAAACUUAAACCGCUAGUUUUCCUUACACGUCUUGUAGAUGUUGAGUGUCAUUUAUUCUCAAUGUUUUCUGUUAGUUGCAUUAAUAAUGUACGUGAUUUAUGUAUUAUCGUGAUAUUUUUAUACAAUUUCCAUUGUUAUCCUAAUGCUGUACAUAACAAAAGUAUAUUUUUGUUGAUUCAUUUAUCAGAAUAUAGGAAAUUAUUUAUGUUA